CCCUUAUUAUAUGUCACGGUAUCUAUACGCAGUACCGUUGGUAAGCCCCCGGCAGCACACCGCUUGGCAAGAAGCCAAGACACGCUAAUGUCCAAUGUCGAUCUUGAAUCAGCGAAGGGUGCAUCGUCCAACGAUGACACUCGAGGAAAGCUCAGUACCAUGUUGAAAGCCAGAAUCCAGGACCUCAAACCAUUUCGCGAGGAACUUCAGUGCCGUAAACACUCUAGCAAAGAGAAAUUAGCCGAGAAGAUACCGGAGGUAAUUUUUACGGGCGAACUAGUUCACGGAGAAGGAUUUCGAGGCACGCAGCUUGGAGUUGCCUGUAGUUGGCACUUUGUGUGGGAUGAUCCAUGGACGCUGCUUGAGGUAACCUAUCACAAUAAUUGUAAUUCAUGGAUCGUACGUCAGGGUAAUUUCCGAGGACAAACUCAACUCGCCGCUUCAACCGAUUGCAAUGCGCCUUGGAACCAUCCGCUUGAUAUUCAUUUUGCAGCACGGUCACCACUUGGCUGGCCGAAGCUUGUAAUGCAGGUGCAAGAACUUGACGAGGUAUGUAAUAAUACACCAGAGAUGUUAGAACCAUACAGUUAUACUUUAGCACGGAUGUUCUCACGUCGCGGGUUAUGGGUUUUGUCAUCUUCCAGUCACACCGGGCUCUUCAGAGCUUACUGUUUGCUGCUGGAGACCGACUGGUUCCGUGCGAGACGAGAUAUCUGCAUAUUUCCUGGGAAACACAUCAAAACUAACAAGCUAUGAUAUUAUCUCGGCCAAGGCUGCCUGGGCAAACCGUUGUCGUCUCGUAACAAUUCCUACUGGAAAGGUAGUUUGAAUUCAGCUAGCAUACAAUCAUUUGUUUUAUUUAAUAGGUGAUUCUGAACCUGAAUGUGAUAUUGAGGAAUUUUGAAGGGAAUAUCGAUAUGCUCCAGCACUCGCGUGCGCCUCCUGUAUGAAUUUGGGUUUUGCAAAGCAGGAUAAUCUCUCCUGUGACUUGAAGCCAAGCCUGAGGUCCGGGCAAUUGGCAAUUAGUAUCCUAUCGGCCCGGGUAGUCUACCGUAGUAGCAAGGGCAGCGGUGCAAUUAUAGGACAGACGUGGACAGUGGCAGGCGGGGCUCCUCAGGCCUAGGUUGCCACUUACCCCAGGGGUUAUUAACCCCAAUCGCGGCCCGGGGUCAGUAACCCGGGUAAUUACCCGUUAGGACGGGUUAUUAACCCCAGGAUCUUA